ACUAGUGUUUGUUUGUACUAAUAUGGUAAAGUAUCGGUAGUGAAAUAAAAUUGUUUUGUCCCAUCUCUAGUUGUUACUUUCAGAGAAAAUGUGUAAAUUUGCAAAAAAAUAAGUAAAUUAAAACGAUAUGGUGUAUUGUCCGAGGAUGUAGUUUUCAUAGGUACCGAUUUGUGAUAUAAUUAGAUCUUGUAUGUAUAUCCAUCCGGCGUGGAGUUAAAACAAGCACCGCUCAUCCUCGCUUGAUUCAGUUAUACAUACAAAAGUGCACCAAAGACCGAACCCCGAACCCAUUGUGAAAAGUGAAAAUCGAAGACUGCUCGAGAGUAAAGCAAAUUUAAAUCAUUAACUCAGAUAAUUCGACUUUAAUUGAAAAUUACAGUUCAAAUCGAUGAAACUAUGAUGCCGCUAACAACCACAUAGUAGUUCCCUGAAAGACACUAGAGCGAUCAACUCGAUGUCAAAUGGAUAACAGAUAAGAAGAAACCACUUGAAGGAGGAACCCACAGACAGAGUACAAUAAAAGCACAUCCUGCAUUUAUCAACGAAUAAUACCAUACCUGAGAGUAGACCCAACGACUAGCUAAAUCCAGGAAUAUUAGCAUUUGCUAAUUGGGUACCCUUUGCAUUGCAAUACAAAAAGUACAUCGAAUCGCCGAGAUAAGGAGCGAUUGAGGAGAUGCAUUUCUUUCUAUGGUUUCUGCUACUAGCAACUCUGGGAGAUCAUCAUGAGUACUGGCUACGAUCAGGACAUUCACGGACCGUCGCCGCUCGCUUUCGGGCUGAAAGAAUGGUUGCGUCUUUGCAAAACGAUUCCAUAAGCUUAACUGACGCAAAUGUCGCCAUCAAUGAAGCUAAGAAUCUGAGCACCACGAUUACAAAUGUGGCCAACUUCGACACCCGCCUAAACCACAUCCUGGUGGACACAAUUACUGGACGGGUGUUUGUGGGCGGAGUUAACCGUUUGUAUCAGCUGUCGCCGGACUUGGACCUCCACGAGACAGUGAAAACCGGACCCCAGAACGAUUCUGUCGAGUGCAGCAUACUCGACUGUCCGCUAAACGCCGUUCGUAGUCCGACAGACAACUAUAACAAAGUGCUGCUAAUAGACCGAGCCACAUCGCGCCUAAUCGCGUGCGGCUCCCUAUUCCAGGGCACGUGUACAGUGCGCAAUCUGCAGAACGUCAGUAUAAUUGAGCACGAGGUACCAGAUGCAGUGGUGGCAAAUGACGCCAAGUCUUCAACAGUGGCAUUCAUAGCACCGGGACCUCCCCAGCAUCCUGUGACCAAUGUAAUGUAUGUUGGAGUCACAUACACAAACAAUUCGCCAUACCGCAGCGAAAUCCCCGCUGUGGCGUCACGAUCUCUAGAGAAGACCAAGAUGUUCCAGAUCGCUUCAUCAGCGGUAACAACCGGAACCCGAACAUUCAUCAAUUCGUACGCCCGGGAAUCAUAUUUCGUGAACUAUGUAUAUGGCUUCAGCUCAGAGCGGUUCUCAUAUUUUCUGACGACCCAACUGAAGCACAACCACCAUUCGUCCCCAAAGGAGUACAUAACGAAACUGGUACGUAUAUGCCAGGAGGACUCCAACUAUUAUUCGUACACUGAGAUCCCUGUCGAGUGCAUCAGCGAGGCCCAGGGCGGCACAAAAUUUAAUCUGGUGCAGGCCGGCUUCUUGGGAAAGCCAAGCUCGGAUCUGGCCCAAAGCUUGGGCAUAUCCAUCCAAGACGACGUUCUGUUUGCUGUGUUCUCCAAGGGAGAUGGAAACGCACCCACCAACAUCUCGGCCCUCUGCAUUUACUCAUUGAAAUCCAUUCGUCGUAAAUUUAUGCAAAAUAUCAAAUCGUGCUUCAAUGGCAAUGGAAUGCGCGGACUGGACUUUAUAUCGCCCAGUAUGCCGUGCGUUUUAACGAAACUGCAAACUAUUGGCGAGGAUUUCUGUGGAUUAGACGUAAAUUCUCCGCUGGGAGGAGAGAACCCCAUCACAUCCGUACCCGUGGCUAUGUUUAGCACAAGACUCACCUCAGUGGCGGCCACUAGCACCAGCGGAUACACGGUUGUCUUUGUUGGAACAGUGGACGGAUACCUUAAGAAGGUUGUGGUCGAAUCGUCGUCCGUUGCAAACGAAUAUGCAAGCUUUCCCGUGGAUGUGGGCUCGGCUAUCAAUCAAGACAUGAAGUUUGACAACCAGAAUCUCUACAUCUAUGCCAUGUCUGAGAGCAGAGUGAGCAAGGUAAAGGUCUUCGACUGCUCCGACUAUAAGACCUGUGGAGAGUGCUUGGGCGCCAGAGAUCCGUACUGUGGCUGGUGCUCCUUGGAGAACAAGUGCAGUCCGCGCUCCAAUUGCCAGGAUGAUGCCAACGACCCGCUGUACUGGGUCAGCUACAAGACUGGAAAGUGCACGACAAUAACGAGUGUUGUCCCGCACCAGCUGCAACGCACUACAGCUCGCACCCUGGAGCUAAUCAUCGAUCACUUGCCGCAGCUGAAGGAGAAUCUAAUAUGUGCCUUUACCACCGAGGAUAAGGCGCUCUUCACCAACGCCACCAAGAAACGCAACGGAGUAAACUGCACCACACCCCGCACAGACAUGCUGCCACAAAUUGAGCAGGGAAAACACCAUUUCACAGCUAAGUUAUCUGUGCGCACCAGGAACGGACCGGACUUGGUGUCCACUGACUUCACCUUUUUUGACUGCAGUACCCACUCUUCGUGCACGCGCUGUGUGUCCUCAGAGUUCCCAUGUGAUUGGUGCGUGGAGGCACAUCGGUGCACGCAUGACACCGCUGAGAACUGCCGCAACGACAUACUGGUGACAGGGGUGAGCCGGAUAGGCCCUAGCUAUAGAUCGGGCCCUGGAUUCUGUCCCACGAUCAAUGCAACAGGCGACGGAAGCGAAGUGCUUGUGGCUGCGGGCACGAGUAAAUCUAUCAAGGUCAAGGUGCAUAUCAUCGGUCAGUUUAUUGUGCAGACCCGAUUCGUGUGCCAGUUCAAUAUCGAGGGCCGUGUUACCAGCCUGAAUGCUCAGUUGCUUGGCGACACCAUCUACUGUGACAGCAUGGAGUUUCAGUAUACCUCUAGAUCGCCUAAUCUGACGGCUACCUUCGCUGUUAUUUGGGGCGGGUCGAAGCCCCUUGAUAAUCCGCACAAUAUCCAUGUUGUAAUUUAUCGGUGCCGGGACAUGGCCGACAGCUGUGGCAUUUGCUUGGCCCUGGCGGACAAGUACAACUGCGGCUGGUGCUCGUCCACCAAUACGUGUGAGGUGGAAGAGCAGUGCAAUAAGAACAAUGAGGGCAAAACGGAUUGGCUGAAUCGGAGCGAGAUUUGUCCCAACCCGGAGAUUCACACAUUUGACCCGAAGACUGGUCCCUGGGAAGGCGGCACGAACAUAACGAUACGAGGAAUCAAUCUGGGCAAGAACUACAACGACAUCUACUCGGGAGUUCGCAUAGCUGGCAUUAACUGUAUGCCAUUCCCGCAGUUCUACAUCGACACAAAGCAAAUUGUGUGCACGGUGGAUAGUCCAGGCGAACAGAUGUAUAGAAACGGAAGAAUAGUGGUCCAAAUAGGGGACUACCGUGGCGAGUCAAAAGAGGAUUACGAGUUUGUUGAUCCGAAAAUAUUAGACUUUAAUCCAAAGUUUGGCCCGACAUCCGGUGGCACCGAAGUGCACAUUUCUGGAAAGCAUUUGAAUGCCGGCUCCCGCAUCCAAGCUUCCAUCAACGACCAUUUGCCCUGCAAAAUUCUGAGUGCAGAUACCUCGCAAGCCAUAUGUCGCACCUCCCCGUCGCCAGGGAUCAUCGAGGGGCGACUGAAGAUGUCGUUUGACAACGGCCCCCGCGAGUUUAACGAUUACAAUUUCAAAUAUGUGCUUGACCCCACCGUUGAGCACGUCAGCUCCGGACCUACUGGCCAGAUCAAAGUUCCCAAGGGCAUACCGGCCGGGGGUAUUCGAAUCUCGGUGAUUGGCACCCAAUUCACGAGCAUACAGUCUCCCAGCAUUUAUGUGGUGUACAAUACGGAGAUGUAUGCAAGCCAGUGCCGAGUUCAGUCGGACUUGGAAAUGGAGUGUGCAUCACCUAUUAUUGAGACAGACAGCAAGUAUUUGGACGCAGAGAGCCCAAUGCUCCUCGAGUACGGAUUUCUUAUGGACAAUGUGCUGGGUGUUCAGAAUCUGUCGAAGAUACAUAACAACCACUUUGAGCUGUAUCCGAACCCAGAGUACUUCGUGUUUGAAGAGAGGGUCAAGUACUUUAAGAGCGAGUACCUAACCAUAAACGGUCGCAAUUUAGACCGUGCAUGCAAGGAGAGCGAUGUGGAGGUGAGAAUAGGAAACGGUUUCUGCAACAUCACGUCACUUUCCCGCCAGCAACUCACAUGUCGACCUCCGCCCGAAUCCACCGCAACUAAGAGCCCCAACGGCCCCGAAGUGAUUGUUCGCAUCGGAUCCUCGCUGGAGUACCGCAUUGGGAUACUGAGCUAUGAGUCGUCGAACAUCAUAUUGGAUUGGGGAGAGAACGUCAUAGUUGCGGUAAUAGCCAGCAUUGUGAUCCUGCUGCUCGUCUUCGUGGCCUUGCUGGUGGCCUAUAAGAAAAAGAGUUCCGAGUCGAACCGAGUGUUGCGCAACAUGCAGGAGCAGAUGGACAUACUGGAGUUGCGAGUGGCUGCCGAAUGCAAAGAAGCCUUUGCUGAACUCCAGACGGAAAUGACCGACCUCACGGGCGACCUUACUUCUGGAGGCAUUCCCUUCCUGGAUUACCGAUCGUAUGCUAUGAAGAUUCUCUUUCCCAACCACGAAGAUCACGUUGUGUUGCAGUGGGAAAGACCAGAACUCCUGCGCAAGGAGAAGGGCCUACGUAUAUUUGGCCAACUUAUAAUGAACAAAACGUUCCUACUUCUCUUCAUACGUACACUGGAGUCGAAUCGAUACUUCUCGAUGCGAGAACGGGUCAAUGUGGCCUCAUUAAUAAUGGUUACAUUACAGUCAAAGUUGGAAUACUGCACAGAUAUUCUGAAGACCUUGUUGGGCGACCUGAUCGAGAAGUGCAUAGAGGGGAAAAGUCAUCCGAAAUUGCUACUACGGCGAACCGAAAGUGUGGCUGAGAAAAUGUUGAGUGCUUGGUUUACGUUUCUGCUGUACAAAUUCUUGAAGGAGUGCGCAGGAGAGCCUCUAUAUAUGCUCUUCCGUGCUGUGAAGGGGCAAGUGGACAAAGGGCCAGUUGAUGCUUGCACUCACGAGGCCAGAUACUCCCUUAGUGAGGAGAAACUCAUACGACAGUCUAUCGAUUUUCGGCCAAUGAAUGUUUACGCCAGCAUUAUACAGCAGCCAAUCUUCUGCAACAACCUCGACAUGUUGCCUUCCCACACAGAGAAUGUGUCCGUAAAAGUUUUGGACUGCGAUACAAUUGGCCAAGUCAAGGAAAAAUGCUUGGAGACAAUCUACAGAAACAUACCCUCCAGCCAGAGACCUCGGAAAGAAGAUUUAGAUCUAGAGUGGCGCACAGGUGCUACCGGACGAGUCAUUUUGUACGAUGAAGACGUCACUUCCAAGACAGAGAGCGAAUGGAAAAAGCUGAACACAUUGCAGCACUACAACGUGCCAGAUGGGGCUGGAUUGAGCUUGGUGCCGAAGCAGAGCUCAAUCUAUAACUUCAGUAUAUUAUCGGAUAAAAAUGAAAAAUCUCACAAGUAUGAAACUCUUAAUAUAUCGAAGUACACCUCCUCCUCUCCGACAUUUAGCCGCGCCGGCAGCCCCCUGAACAACGAUAUGCAGGAUAGUGGUAUAAGGUACUGGCAUUUGGUAAAACAUCACGACAGUGAUAUGCAGAAAGAAGGCGAACGAGUCAAUAAACUGGUGUCCGAGAUCUAUCUAACCAGACUGUUAGCGACUAAGGGCACGCUGCAGAAGUUUGUGGACGAUCUGUUUGAGACAAUAUUCAGCACUGCACAUCGCGGGUCGGCCCUGCCACUGGCAAUUAAAUACAUGUUCGAUUUUCUGGACGAUCAAGCCCAAUUGCAUGGGAUAACUGAUCCUGAGGUUGUGCAUACGUGGAAGAGCAACAGUCUACCCUUGCGUUUUUGGGUGAACCUAAUCAAAAAUCCAAACUUUGUCUUCGACAUACACAAGUCGAAUAUUGUAGACUCCUGCCUAUCAGUUGUGGCUCAAACAUUCAUGGACUCUUGCUCUACUUCAGAUCAUCGUUUGGGCAAAGACUCUCCAAGCUCGAAACUACUAUAUGCAAAGGAUAUUCCAGAGUAUCGUAAGUGGGUAGAUCGCUACUAUAGAGAUAUUCGAGAUAUGUCACCCAUAUCAGAUCAAGAUAUGAAUGCUAUGCUUGCUGAAGAAUCAAGGCUGCAUACGACAGAGUUUAAUACCAAUUGUGCUCUGCAUGAGUUGUACACUUACGCUGUAAAAUACAAUGAACAGCUCACUGUUACUCUGGAGGAAGAUGAGUUUUCACAGAAGCAGCGAUUGGCUUUUAAGUUGGAGCAAGUUCAUAAUAUAAUGUCAGCUGAAUAAGAGAGUCCUAAGAGGGUCUCCUAAAAGCUAUGUCUCAAAGCUAUGCAAAUGAUUUAUGAAUUAGCUUGUCUAUAAGCUUCUAGUUGAUAGAAUCAUGAAUCAUUAAAAAGGAAGGAGUGGCUUUCCCUAUAUACCAACGCAAUUUAGAAAUAUAUAUGCAUGUGUAUGUAUUUAUGUGUGCUGUGUGUGUAUCCCAUGCGAAUGUGAGCUAGCGUGCUUUAAGCUGUAUGUUUAGAUGGUAUUUACUAUAUAAUUUGUGUCUAUUGUGGAUGUAUACAUAUAUGAACGUGUAUUAACAUACGAAUAUACGAAUACUUUAUUCGAUUCAUAUAUUUUUACAUAAAUAAAUAUAUGCUAUAGGUACAAUUUUCCCUUUUAUUGUCGACUGACCAUCUGAGCAAUGCGAAAAUUGUAAAAUCCUUUCCCCAAAAAGAAAACUGCCAAACAUAUUCAGACUCAUACUAUACAAACUGAUAUAUAUAUAUAUAUGUAUAGUAUAUAUUCACAUGAAGACAAAAACAAAUACAAACCAUAGGUAUCGACUACCAGCUUUUCGAUCCGAUAUUGACUCGUUCGCUACUCGCCUAUGAAACAAUAAAAAAAACCCACUAAACCUUGCUUUAGUUUUCAUGUCAGUGGAAAGAAGAAUCUAUAAAACAUCAUUUGUAUAUGUCGUCGUUGCUCAUUAAAACAAAUAAUUAUAACUGUAUUUUAUGUACGUAUGGAUAUAAGUAACAUUAUUGUGUAAGAUCAGAUAUCGGAUAUUCGACAUAAAGUAACCCAAAUGCAAAAAUCGACUGAUUUUAAUUUUAAUUAAAUAUAAAGAUAAUUUGUAUUUAUAAUUUGUUUUUAAUUAGCUGACGUUGGUGAUGAUCGAUUCGAUUAUUAUAUACUUUUCUGUUAGUUUUCUGCAUUUGCAUUUAAUGGUAACAAGUCACAUUCCAUUUGGACAAGAUAUCUAAGCAACAGAUCAUCAGAUUUUGUGACUUUACAGUCCCAACUUAUAAACCCACAUGAUGUCAAAGUUGGUGUUAGUUGAAUGUAAUAGUACUGAAAAAUAGCACUGGAAUAUGAUGUCGCUCACCUGCUAAAUAUUCUAUUAUUUGUGUAAUUUAUACUAUCUCUAAGAUCUGCAACUCGUAACACACACAAAAACACCUAUGUUCACAAAUGAAUACUAUGUUACCUGGUUCCCAGGGUUUGUAAAAUGCUCCAGAGUUUUAUACUUUAUGCGUUGUGAUAUCUUACAGUAUACAUUAUAUGUGGAAGGAAACCAUAUGAUGCGCUGUCUGUCGUUAGUAAUAAUUGACUAUCGCGAUUUUAAAAUUCAUGUACAGAUUAAGUUAAUGAAACACUCGGUUUAUUAUUCUUUUUGUAAACAAACGUAGAAACGUUUGCUAUAAUUUUUCAAACGGGUCUGUUCAAACGCAUGUUCCCUCGGGAGAGUCAAAAUAUUAAAUUUUGUUUAACAAAUUGUGGUGUUUUUUUUACAUAGUGAUUUUUUUUUUGCUGAAACAAACAAUCAGCGGAUAACUGUAAGCACAACGCAUCUGUAAAAAGUCCGUUAUAAGUCAUAAAGCCAUUAGGACAGGACGACCUUCAGCACCAGGGCAUAAGAUAGCAUUUUUUAAUAUUAAAAGACUCAACAAAUAUUUGCAUUCUGUCUUUGUUUUAUUAGUUCAUGUCUUUUGUGUCUUUUAACAAUAGGUGAUGUAAUUUAUUUAAUUUAACCAUUGUAAAAAAACUAAUAGGAGUAAAUAUAUGUCUUAUCAGCAGUGCUUCUACAUCUGUUUUUUAUGCUAUCCUUUAAUUGAUAUUUCAAACAGGUCAAUUGAACAACACACCCUUAAUAAUUAUAAAUAUAUAGCCAGAUGAUACAAUUGUAAUACGUAAAUGUUAUAGUACUCUAUAUUUGAUGUAUCUGUGUAUGUAUGUAUGUAAAAAUUAGCAUUUUCAAUUAAUAAGAGAAACAAAAUAUUUCUGUGUGCAUAAUAAUAAUAUUUAAAAUAUAUGAUGUAUAUAUUUAUUGGAUUCCUUAUAUGCGUGCGGCGGUCCGCUAUCAUAUAAUAUAAUAUAGGAAUCAGAACAGAGUUAUUAUGUUAGGCUGCCUAAGCCGUAAAGAAAUUCAAGGACACGCAAUCACUAUACAGAAAAGAAACCGAAUCAAAUGCACAUUAUGCAUUAUGCACAUUAAUAAUCAAAAGUGCUACCAUAACUAGGACAAAUGGAUUAUUUGAAAAAUUGCCCACCAAAUCAAUAUCCCAAUAUAGUUAUGUAAAAAAAACAUCUCAGUUCGGCAAGCCGAAGCUGAAAUACCCUUGCAAAUAUAUAUGUUUCACAUUAAAACGGCUGAAUUGUUCUCUAAAUGUCUUAUGACAGCAUAUACAUGUGUAGUACUAAUCCAAAGUUUGAUAUCCGAAGGUAUGAUUUAUAAAACUCCGACUUAGGUUAAUAUGUACUGAUAAAACUGCGGUUUGAAAAAAGACAAUAUUAAUCCAGACUUCAGUCAAUAUUUAUGAGAAAUAAAUAGCUAAUACAUACAGUUAUUAGCAGUUAUUA